AUGCUGCCAGCUUCCAUCCAGAUCACAGGUGAGCUGCUGUCGGCGGCGGAGGUCCAGGACAUCUGUGAGAGCCUGAAGGAGGACAGCGUCCGGCUCCUGUCCGUCCGCGGCUGUCAGCUCUCUGACCGCGACUUCGGACGCGUCUGUCGCAGCGUCGCAGAGUCGCAUUCGAUUGCGCAGCUGAACCUGAACCUGGGCGUUGUCUCCAGCAUCAGCCGGACCAGACACCUGGCUGACGCUCUGAAGAACAACCGCUCCCUGCAGACCCUGUUUCUCCACGGCAGCCCACUGCUGGACGCCGGGCUGGUGACCCUGAACGCUGCCCUGUCGACCCACCCCACGCUUGUCUGCCUGGACCUGGGAGACUGCAUGCUGGGAGACGAAGCUCUGGGUCUGAUCUGUGGGAUGCUGCCGCCGGACGGAGCAAAGUCAGGUCUGAGGGAGCUGACUCUGAGCGCUAACCCAGGAAUCAGCUCCAAAGGUUGGGCUCGACUCUCCAUUGCUGUGGCUCACAGCUCUCAGCUCCGAGUUCUGAACCUGGACUACAACCCGCUGGGUGAUCAGAUUGCAGGGAUGUUGGCGGUUGCCGUGGCUUCCAGCAGAACCCUGGAGGUUUUGGACCUGGAAGGAACCGGACUGACCAACCACUCAGCACAGGUGUUCCUGGACAUGGUGGAGAACUACCCGACCAGCCUGCGGGUUCUGGUUCUGGCUGAGAAUGACAUCAGUCCGGAGCUCCAGCAGCAGAUCUGCGACCUGCUGUCUGAGGGGGAGGAGGAUGACGACAGGGAGGCCACGCCUCUACCAAUAGGCCCCGCCUCUAGCAGUGCUCUGCAGCCAAUCAGAGACAAGUACCAGCCAAUCAGAGACAAGUACCAGCCAAUCAGAGACAAGUACCAGCCCCUCACCUGGCUCCCCCACAGCAACUCCGCCCCCCAGACGGUCUUGCUGACAUCAGGUCUAGGUGAGAGCUUAUUGGCUGAGACUGAGAUGUGACCCCCUCCCCCCCACAAACACCCGCUGCCUGUCACUGAUUGGUUUGAAUGUUUGUCUCUGCACCUCCCACCUGACGGCUCGCAGCCAAUCACCGCGCAGCAUGGUUUGAUGUAGCACCAGGUGACCGCACAGGUGUUUCUGAUGAAUGUACUUUUGGCGCUGUUGAUUGGUUCUGCUGCUCUGAUGUCACAAUAAUAAAACUGUUUACAGCUUUGUAAGAA